AUGGCGCCCUCACGAGCACUUCGGCCCAUGCAGAACAUCUGCGCGACCUGUCUGAAGCGACAGCAACCUGCCAUAAAACGCUUCUACUCAGCUCCAGCCAAUGAAUCCGCGCUCCCUCGAGUCGCAACCCCCUCCUUCUGGUCCAGCCUGGUACCCAAACCGCUGCGCCGGCAGCAACCAUCCCUGGAAGAGUCUGCUACAACACCGCCGCGGCCUGGAUUUCUAAGCCGGGUAUGCACUCGCCCUCGAGACUGGAACCCAUACACCAUCUUCAUCCUCCUCGGGCUUCUCGCCGGCAGCAAUGCUAUUCAGAUUCUCGCACUGCGCAAUGACAUGCUCAAGUAUACGCGCCAGACGGAAGCUAAGCUGGGUCUGCUACGGGAGGUAGUGCAGAAGGUGAAGAAUGGGGAGGAGGUAGAUGUGAGGAAGGCGCUUGGGACGGGUGAUGAGCAGACGGAGCGGGAGUGGGAGGAGAUGGUGAAGGAGUUGGAGGAGACAGAUACGGUGAUUGAGGGGUGGAAGCGGAAGGCGGAGAAGAGGAAGGAGAGGGAGGCGGCACGACUUAGAGAGGGUGGUGGGCCGGGCGAUGUGAAGGAGAGCAGGAGGACUAAAGAGAGGGUCGAGCCAGAGGUUGAGAGGGAGACGAGUCAAAGACGACCAAAGUUCGUGGUCUAA